ACACCGCCCGAAUUCGAGCGCCGACGAUGUCGACGGGCGGCGACGACCGCUUGCCCGAGCUCUCCGAGGACCGCUUGCCCGAGCUCUCCGACGACCUUCUCCGGCGCAUCCUCUACUUCGUCCCCUUCAGGAAGGCUGCUUGCACCAGCUUGCUCUCGCGGCGGUGGCGAUCGCUGUGGCGGUCUUCUGGCGCCGUCAACCUCGACGUCCAAGUCCCUCAUUCCCGAAGCUACGACGAAGAUGCCGACAACGCCUUCUUCACCAAACAAGAGGCCUUCGUCCACGCCGCCAAGGCUGCGCUCGACGCCGUCGAGGUCCCCAUCACAAGGCUCACCUUGCGUGUGGAGUCCAACGACCACGACGGCCACAGCAGCAUCAGCCGGUUCCUGCACCGCAGCAGGAACUGGCACACACACUUCACAAAGACCGACGUGGUCAGCGAUCUAGUCUCCCACCCAGCGGCGCGACACGUUGAGGAGCUCCAAGUCGCCGCCGUCGCCGCCUCCUACGGCAUGCUCAGGGAAACAACAGCUGGGAUCUAUGGACUCGCCGCACUCCCGUCGUCGGACACCCUCCGCGUCCUGGACCUGACCAGGUGUAACCUGACGCUAACGGCGGCGGCGGCCGCCUUGGCGCUCCCACGGCUGACGACGCUGCGGCUAAGCUACUGCUCCGUUGAACCCAAGGUUCUCCAGCCGAUGUUGGACGCCGCGCCGGAGCUCACCACCGUGCAACUGGAGUCUCUCUCAAUCUUCUCGUUGCCUCCAGAACCAAAACCACCGGUGCUCCGCCUGAGCUUCCACGCGGUGACCACGCUCGUGCUGUCCUUGUGCUGCAUCUAUGCGGGGGUACAAGGUUCAGGAGAUCGCCGUGGCAAGAGCAACUGGGCCAUCGAGAUCGACGCACCGAGGCUGCAAUCCUUCAAAUACAAGGGUCUCUUGCCACGAUUCGUUCUACGGCCGGCGGCAGCCGGCGGCGGCGGCGUUGCACGGGUGGACCUGCACUUCCUCCACCACAAUGAUGUCAAUAUGCGCGCGCUCUUCUGGCAGUUCCUGCACAACUUCACCAAUGCCAGGACCAUCAAGCUCAAGGUGGAGAACAACCUCAUCAACAUUGCCGCCAUUGGCGAGGCGAGGCACGCCCUGCUGCGGUGUGCGUUCCCCAGUAUGGAGCGCCUCGAGCUGGAAGGGGCGUUCGACCCCCGCAUGGAGGAGUACGUGGAGAAGCUUGAAGGGGCGUUCGACCCCCGCAUGGAGGAGUGCGUGGAGGAGCUGGUAGCGGUACAUUUUCCCGAGAGGGAGACGACGGCUAUAGCCAUAGCCAACCUGCUCGAUUGCUGCCCUGUUCUUGGUGAAUUCAUGCUGAAGCUGAACGCUGUGUCAGCUUUCCCUGUCAGGGAUUCACGAUAUGGACCAGAGUUGUUGAAGAGGAAAGAUAGAUCGGAUUACAGCAAGUCCAUCGAUCGCUUCGUGCGCCGCAAAAAAGCAAAGACUGACAUCUCCAUGGAGGAUAGCAUUUUUGGUGACGACGAAUACUCCUAUGAUGAUGUUCGUGGUAUCCCUGGACUCAGUGAUGGCUCGUUCGCCUGCUUGCAGCGCACUCUGAGAAGAGUAGGGCUGCAGUUCCGACUGGACACAAACUGCAUCUCCACCACCAGCAGCCUUGGACUGCGGCUUAUCAAAUUCUUCGCUGACCAUGCCAGGGUUCUUGAAGAAAUUUGUGUUGACACUGGCAACAAGAGACUGCACGAGCACCUCAAAUUCAACGUGGAAACACAGGCACUCGCACUCGCACUCGCACCUAUACCUAUCUCAGCCACCACAGCUAGUGCAACCCUUGAUUCCACAACAGACCUUGCAAAGACUAGAGCCGGCUUCACGGUGUUACCCCUUCAAAGGCAGGAAAGCAUGGACUGGAAGUCUUCAUCCCUUGAAAACUAAGAUAUAUAUCAUGAAUAAACUACUUAUUUCUGAACUGUUUUUUUUUUGUAAGAGGCCUUUGGAAAUAAAAUACUUUUUUGUGCUUGAUUUGUCCUUGCCCUACAAUUUGCAAGAUUGUGUUGAC